AUGCAACGUAUGCAUCAUGCAUCAUCUGGACGGUACAAUUUCGGUUUUGCCGAAGUCAAUAGUCAGAAUCCAUUGGUAUCUUUUCCUCGACAAAUAUCUGGUGAUCGAGUGAAAAUACUUCACCAGCAAACUCAUGAUGCUAUUAAGAUCGCGAGUGAAUGGGACAAUGAUAAAAGUCGAAAUAGAAAUGAGCAGAAUUUAAAUCCUAUUAUCCAUUUAAAUGUUACUUGUGAUCGAUGUUCUAUGUCACCAAUAGAAGGCGAUCGUUAUAAAUGUUUAUUUUGUCCAGAUAUUGAUUUUUGUCAAUCGUGUAAAUCUGUUAACAAAACAAAUACGAAUUUCAAUCAUUUAUCAAAUCAUCCAUUAUUAUGUAUUAAAAAUUCAAAUGAAUAUUCUCAGUCAGUCUACGUACUUAAUCGUAAUCAAUUAUGUCAUGAGAAAAUUCAAUGUAAUUUAUGUUUUACGAAACCAAUUAUUGGUAUUCGUUACGAAUGCUCUUGUGGAAUAAAUCUAUGCGAAAAAUGUGAAUUUAUUGGUUUACAUGAUCAAAAUCAUCAUCGUACAAAAAUAACUACACCAAAAUAA